AUGAGAGCAAGCACGAAACAUGGCGCUCCUCCUUCAAGUGCCAAGUCUUUUCUGGGUCAAGCUGUUGCCAGAUACGACGUGGACGAGCUAGAUGAUCUGGGCAAGCGCUCGAAACGCGAGAGAUAUGUUGAAGUCAAGCGCCCCGACGGCACCAUUGCCAAGGCCCGUGGCGAGCGUACCUUCUACGGUGCCUUUGAAGGUGGCUUCAGUGCUGGAUAUUGGAACACAGUUGGGAGCAAGGAAGGCUGGGAACCUGCCUCCUUCAGCUCUAGCCGAAGCAAGCGCCAUGCAGAUGCAGCUCCUCGAGUUGAAGACUACAUGGAUGAAGAAGACUUGCGAGAUCAUCGCUCCUCCCGCAAGACCAUCACUGCGCGCGAUGAGUUUGCAGCCCGGAACGACUCGGCCGGUGGGAAGGCGGGUUCAGCGGCGUUGACCACGGGUGUGUCCCAUGAUUUGGAAGAAGAGCUCUUCGGUGCCAACCGCUUGGGUACCCGUCUCCUGCGUGCCAGUGUUGUGCCUGUUCCAAGUCAAAAGGAUGUGCCCAACUCGGCAGCCAGCGAUACAGCACCCAAGAAAAAAUCCUAUGGGUGUGCUCCGCCACCUCCAGGCUACAGGGCUGGAGAAACAGCAGAGGGCAGCUUGGGCUUCAAGGUCGAAGAGCAAGGGAAAAGGCUUGCAGACUUCCAUUCUUCUCAGGCUCCUUCGAUGGAACCAGCUUUGGAGGCUGAGCUGGAACGACUGUGGCACUGCAAGAAUGAUUUGCAGGGAAUUGGUUACUUCUUGGGAGCAGGCUUGGGCUCUGCGAUCCCGAGCAAUCGCAGACUCUACAUGUCCAAUGCACGUGGAAGAAACAUGGCCUCAACCACAAAAGCCAUCGGUUACUCGCAGUUCGGAACUGGAGUUUUGGACCAGGAUGAGUAUGAUGCCUGGGAGGAAGUCUACGAGCAUGAAACCGAUAAACGCAUGCACUACCAUGCGGCUUUGAAGGAUGAGUCAGUGGAGGAGGAGGCCCGUUAUGCCCUGGAGAAUGGCCCACAGGUGACGGGUGUGUCCACGGUCGCUGGCUUUGUGAAGGCGGAGCGGCCAGACCGGGACCCUUCGGACUUCUCUCGGUGGCAUCCACCACCGGUGCCGCGUCAAUACAAAGGAGUCCACCUGAUUGAUGUAUCUCCCUUGCAGGAAGCACAGGAGGGGAGCGAGGAGCAUCGAAAGCUGCUGGAGUUUCAAGACAAGCAUGGCCGGCAGAGGCUCAUGGAUCCGUCCUUCCGUGCGCAACUCCUGGGCGAGCAGACCCGGAUCCCACCGGACGCCGCGGCUCCGGCGGCACCAGCGGCAGCUCCGGUGGAUGCCGCGACUGCGGCGCAACGGUCCGCGGAGCCGCUGUGGCAAGCGGUGCCGGAGCACCAGAAGCAGAAUCUGCUGAACGCCUUGGGGAGAAACUUUGUGGUGGGUGCCACGCAGGAUAUGGAUGGCAAAGCUGCCCGACAUGAACCCUUCAAGAGUGAUCCGAGCAAACAAAAGCGCUACGCCAAGUUCUGCUUGGCCAUGGAGGGGAAGGCAGCCUUCUCCGAAGCGCUCCAGGCAGAGCCGUCCCUCAGCGAGGCACAACGCGAAAGCGAGGUUGUGGAAUUUGGCCGCGUCUACCGGUCCUUCAGGCAGCAGCAUCCGAAUGAAGAUAUUGCUAAAGCCUUGGAGGAGAAGACUUGCACAGCUUCAGCCCCUGUGGUUCGCAGGACAGUCACACCGUGGGUGCCUGACAAGCUGCUUUGCAGGCGUUGGAAUGUGCCAGAGCCAAGGCCAAGUGGCUUCAGCGAUCGCCCAGCUAAUGAGCCCAAGAAGCAGCAGCGAAGUUACAAUGACCAGGUGAAGGCCAAGGAGGCCAAAGAGGGGAAGCCCAAGCCUGAGGAGGCACAGAGCCAACCAACUGCAAAUCCUGCUCCAAACUUGGAAGUGGCUGCCAGCGGUGAGCUGACGCGCCCACCCAAGCCUUUGUUCACGUCAAUCUUCGGAGAAUCCGACGAUGACUAG